CCGACGACGUUCCGGACGUCGUUCCGCAACGUGGUCUACGACGUGCUCAAGGCGCGCGGCUGGAAGGAGACGGAGGGCAUGGACUGGGACUUCCACUGGGCGGAGAAGGAGUGGGUCACGGAGUUCAUGGACGGCAUCCACCUCAACCCGACCCAGAAGCUCAACCACUUCCGGAACCACCGCGAGCUCUGCCGGAAAGACCUACUCAUCAAGAACCUGAAGCGCGCGAAGCGCAUGCUCCAGCGCGACGGCGGCGGCGAGGAGGCGCAGAAGUACGACUUCUGGCCCCAGACCUACGUGCUCCCGGGCGACUACGCGCUCUUCGCGGAGGAGUUCAAACGCGGCGCGGGCGGCGACAACGUGUGGAUCAUGAAGCCCGUGGGCCGGUCCCAGGGCAAGGGCAUCUUCAUCUUCACGAAGAUUAGCCAGAUUAGCAAGUGGAAGUCCGAGAGCCGCUGGCGCCUCCAGGACGACGACCGCCGGGACAAACCGGAAAAGCCGGACGCGGAGACGUACGUCGUCCAGAAGUACGUCAACAACCCCUACCUCAUCGGCGGCAAGAAGUUCGACCUGCGGCUCUACGUCUUGGUGACGUCCUACAUGCCCCUGACGGUCUGGAUGUACCGGAGCGGCUUCUGCCGCUUCAGCACGAAGCGCUACAGCAAGGUCGUCAACUCCAAGGGCGACAUCGACAACCAGCUCAUGCACCUGACGAACGUCGCCAUCCAGAAGAAGAGCGACGACUACGACGCGUCGACGGGCGGCGGCAAGUGGGAAUUGUUGAACAUGAAGCUGUUCCUCAUGUCGGUCUACGGCCGCGAGAAAGUCGACGCUUUAUUCCGCGACAUCCACAUGCUCAUCCUCCGGUCCCUCUUCGCCGUCCAGCAGGUUAUUAUUGCGGACAAGCACUGCUUCGAGCUCUACGGCUACGACAUCCUCUUCGACGACGCGUUCAAGCCCUGGCUCCUGGAGGUCAACGCGGGCCCGUCGAUGACGGCGAACACGCCCGACGACCACGACCUGAAGUACGCCAUGCUCGACAGCUUGCUGGACAUCAUCGACGUCGACAAGAAGCUGAGCGGCGACGAGGUCCGCGUCGGCGGCUUCGACCUCGUCUUCAAGGACGGC